ACUGCUCCAGCGCCGUCCACUAAAGUGCGUCAGCUGCUGCAGGCUCUUCCAUCCAGACCUCUGAGUAAUGGCUACGUCCAACAGAAACGCCUGCUGUCGUCCCCCUCGUCCCCCAAAAAAGAGGUGCUGCAGUCCAUUAAGAGGAAGAGCAUGUCCACGGAGCGCCUAACCCUGAUCAGGAGGGAACUGGGAGCAGAGAGUCGGAGUCGGACCACCUCCUCCAGCAGCUCCUCUGGAGGAAAAAGCAAAUCCAAAGAAUGCAGCUUUAAUGCAGAUGACGGCUAUGUGAGGAUGUUCCUCCGAGGUCGUCCCGUCACCAUGCACCUCCCCGAUGACCAGAGGGAGAGUUACAGCCUCGACCACAAGGUGGCGCUGCCCGACCGCAAGCUCAAACUGCAGUGGGUGUAUGGUUACCGUGGUCGCGACUGCCGCUCCAACCUCUACCUGCUGCCGACUGGAGAGAUCGUGUACUUCAACGCCUCCGUGGUGGUUCUGUACAACAUCGAAGAGCAGCAGCAGACUUACCUGGGCCACAAGAUGAUGUCAAAUGAUGCUGCUUCAACCUUCAUCAUCAUCAUCAUCAUCAUGUGA